AUGGCUGCCGCAGCUUCGAACGGUGUCAAUGGACACGAAAAGAAUCUUGCAGCAAACGACAACAUUCRGAGAUUCGCAGCUCCCAGCAGACCUUUGAGCCCACAGGCCGGACACACACUCUUCCACCCAAAGACGAGAUGUUUCGUUUACGGCAUGCAGACCAAGGCCGUGCAGGGUAUGCUCGACUUCGACUUUAUUUGCAAGCGUAAGACUCCUUCCGUUGCUGGAAUCAUCUACACAUUCGGAGGCCAGUUCGUCAGCAAGAUGUACUGGGGCACUUCCGAGACUCUCCUCCCAGUCUACCAGUCCGUUGAGUCGGCCAUGGCCAAGCACAGCGAUGUUGACUGCGUGGUCAACUUUGCUUCCUCCCGAUCCGUCUACAGCUCCACCAUGGAGCUCCUACAAGUCCCACAAAUCAAGUCCAUUGCAAUCAUCGCCGAGGGUGUGCCAGAGAGGCGUGCACGUGAGAUUCUUCACGUAGCCAAGAAGAAGGGCGUCACCAUCAUCGGUCCAGCUACUGUUGGUGGCAUCAAGCCUGGUGCGUYCAAGAUUGGAAACACUGGCGGUAUGAUGGACAACAUUGUGGCCUCCAAGCUUUACCGCAAGGGUUCGGUCGGAUACGUCUCCAAGUCUGGAGGUAUGUCCAACGAGCUGAACAACCUGGUCGCCAACUACACCGACGGUGUGUACGAGGGUGUUGCCAUUGGUGGUGACCGAUACCCCGGAACCACAUUCAUCGACCACAUGCUCCGAUACCAAGCCGACCCAGAGUGCAAGAUCCUUCUGCUUCUCGGUGAGGUUGGUGGUAUUGAGGAGUACCGUGUGAUUGAGGCUGUCAAGGCUGGUGUCAUCACCAAGCCGAUUGUCGCCUGGGCUAUUGGUACCGUUGCUGGCAUGCUCAAGACUGAGGUGCAGUUCGGUCACGCAGGUUCCAUGGCUAACUCGGAGCUUGAGACUGCUGUCACCAAGAACAAGAGCAUGCGUGAGGCUGGAUUCUUCGUACCCAACACCUUCGAGGAGCUCCCUGAGAUGCUCUCCAGCGUCUACCAGAAGCUGGUCAAGGCUGGAUCCAUUGUCCCCAAGCCCGAGCCAGCUGUUCCCAAGAUUCCAAUCGACUACUCUUGGGCUCAGGAGCUGGGUCUCAUCCGUAAGCCAGCUGCUUUCAUCUCUACCAUUUCCGACGACCGUGGCCAGGAGCUUCUGUACGCUGGUCUGCCCAUCUCAGACGUAUUCCGCGACAACAUUGGUAUCGGUGGUGUCAUGUCUCUGCUUUGGUUCCGCCGCAGACUACCAGACUACGCGAGCAAGUUCUUGGAGAUGGUCCUCAUGCUUACUGCCGAUCACGGUCCUGCCGUUUCCGGUGCCAUGAACACCAUCAUCACCACUCGUGCCGGCAAGGAUCUCAUUUCCGCCCUGGUUGCUGGUCUGCUCACCAUUGGUUCUCGUUUCGGUGGUGCCCUUGACGGUGCCGCUGAGGAGUUCACCCGUGCCUUUGACAAGGGUCUCAGCCCUCGUGAUUUCGUCGACACGAUGAGAAAGGAGAACAAGCUCAUCCCUGGUAUCGGCCACCGUGUCAAGUCUCGCAACAACCCCGAUCUCCGUGUGUCUCUCGUCAAGGAGUACUGCCAGGCCAACUUCCCCAACACCAAGCUCCUCGAUUACGCUCUCGCCGUCGAAUCCGUCACCACUUCGAAGAAGGACAACCUCAUCCUCAACGUCGACGGAUGUGUCGCCGUCUGCUUCGUCGAUCUUCUUCGCAACUCUGGUGCUUUCAGCAACGAGGAGGCUGAGGAUUACCUCAAGAUGGGUGUCCUCAACGGUCUUUUCGUGCUCGGUCGCUCAAUUGGUCUGAUUGCCCACUUCCUCGACCAGAAGAGACUGCGUACUGGCCUGUACAGACAUCCUUGGGACGACAUCACCUACCUGCUCCCAGAGCUUGCCAAGGGUGGUCCAGGUAACGAGGGUCGUGUUGAGGUCAGCAUCUCAUGA